AUGGCGAUCGGCGGUGCCCCCGUCUCGACCUCCGAUGGCGGCGGCGGCGACGCUGGCACCAAGACCGUGUCCGCCUCGCUGUGGUGGGACCCCUUCGUCGCCCUCUGUGACGACCUCGGCCGCGCCGCUGCCUCCCCCUCCGCUGCUGUCUCCGACGCCCUUGCAGAGCGUAUCAAGGGCCACCACGCGUGGCUCUGCGGGGCGGUCUCGGUGUUUGGGAAGUCAAACGGUGCCUCGAGGGCCGUGCUGGACGCGGGCCAGGUCGCCAUGGGGGAGCACCGCCUGGCCAUCAAGCCCGACCUCAAGGAGGCCACGCUUCACGCAAGCAAGUCCCUCGACCUAGACGAGGUACAGUCGUACAUCCUCGUGAAACGAUCUUCAGAGAGCACCCCAACGACCCGUGAUGCUGACCCAAAGAAGCUCCUUCACCUUCAUUUUCCACUAUGGUUCCAAAAUGUAGAGCAAUACCAAACUGCACGGGACAAAGUCGGCUCCAUUUUCAAUUUAGAAGGGACCUUCGAUGAAUAG